GGGCUUUCUUCUCUCUUGUAGUGUGUCCUAGCAUCUCCUGGGCUCCCUUGAAUCAAAGCGGAUUCUUGUAAAUGGUUCGAAUUGAAAGGAUAAUCUCUCUCGUCCACGUCCAGAGUUGAGGUGCCACUGCCUCCUUUUAUCUACAGACCGGCAGCGAUCGAUCAAACCAGGCAGUCAAUGCAAGAGCUCCUUUUUACCAUGAUUACUGGACGAGGAGCAAUUGACGAAUAGAAGGCAAUGAAAAUGGAAUCCGGCCGCUUCAUUAACUUCUCUACUCCAACCAAUAUAUAUUCCCUCACCAGAAUGGCUAUGCAGAAUUCUUCUUGCAAGGCUCUGUCGCUGAAAAAUUGCUCAUCUUUUAGGAAUUCAACCGUUUUCGGCUUGUUAAAUUUAAAAAGUUCUUCCGUGAAAGUCUUAUCCCUCCUACAUGCAACAUGCUAUUCAACUGGCUCUGACACAGAACAUAGCUCUUCCUCAAAGCGAAGAUCGCGUGGACCUGUAAUGGCAGCAAGGAAAAAAUCUGAAGGGGAAAGGCAAGAUGAUGGGAAGUAUAAGCACACAGUUGAACUCCCUCGGACUGCCUUUGGCUUAAGGGCAAAUUCAGUUGUAAGGGAGCCCGAAAUACAAAAGAUUUGGGAUGAAAAUCAGGUGUACAAGAGGGUUUCUGGUGGCAAUACUGGUGGCAAGUUUGUGCUUCACGAUGGCCCUCCUUAUGCAAAUGGCGAUUUACAUAUGGGUCAUGCAUUAAAUAAGAUUUUGAAGGAUAUUAUCAACCGAUAUAAGCUUCUUCAGAAUUUCCAAGUUCAUUAUGUUCCUGGUUGGGAUUGCCAUGGUUUACCAAUUGAAUUGAAAGUUUUGCAGUCGCUGGAUCAGGAAGUUCGAAAGGAGCUGACACCAAUAAAAUUGAGAGCAAAAGCAGCCAAAUUUGCAAAGUCAACUGUCAAGAAUCAGAUGGCAGCAUUUAAGCGCUAUGGCGUAUGGGGAGAUUGGGAUCAUCCAUACCUCACUCUUGACCCAGAGUAUGAAUCUGCACAGAUUGAAGUGUUUGGCCAAAUGGCCCUGAAAGGAUAUAUUUAUAGAGGCAGGAAACCAGUUCAUUGGAGCCCCUCGUCUCGAACUGCUCUAGCAGAAGCCGAAUUGGAGUAUCCCGAGGGUCAUGUUUCGAAGAGCAUGUAUGCGAUCUUUAGAUUAGUCAGUACCACUACUUCAUGUAAGUUGCUGGAUGAUUUUGUUCCCAAUCUGGGCUUGGCUAUUUGGACUACAACUCCAUGGACUAUUCCUGCUAAUGCUGCUGUUGCCGUCAACCCGAAGCUUCAGUAUGCUGUUGUUGAAGUAAACUCUAGUCCGGAGGAAAUAACUGCAUUGUCAUCCAACAAGGAGAAAAGGCUUGGCCAUGUGUUUAAGGAAAAUAAAAGUAUGUAUUUAGUCGUUGCAUCCGACCUUGUUCCAGCUCUAGAGGCAAAAUGGGGUAUGAAGCUUAUGGUGAAGGCAACACUUACUGGCGCAGAACUUGAAAAUUGCAGGUACGUGCAUCCCAUAGAAGGCAGAGAAUCCCCUGUCAUUAUCGGCGGGGAUUAUAUCACGACCGAGUCAGGAACUGGAUUAGUUCACACAGCUCCUGGCCAUGGUCAAGAAGAUUAUGUGGCUGGUCUUAAAUAUGGUUUGCCUGUUCUCUCCCCUGUCGACGAUGAGGGAAGGUUCACUGAAGAAGCUGGCCAGUUCAAGGGUCUUAAUGUGCUAGGUGAUGGUAAUACUGCAGUUAUCGACUGCUUGGAUGAGAAGCUAUCGAUGAUCAUGGUUGAGCCGUACAAACACAAGUACCCGUAUGAUUGGCGAACAAAAAAGCCAACGAUUUUCAGGGCAACUGAACAAUGGUUUGCAUCGGUUGAAGGAUUCCGUAAGGCUGCCCUAGAUUCAAUUACCAAAGUCACCUGGUUUCCUCCACAGGCAGAAAAUCGAAUUUCUUCAAUGGCAUCAAGUCGCUCUGAUUGGUGUAUCUCCCGGCAAAGAACUUGGGGUGUACCCAUCCCAGUUUUCUAUCAUGUUGAGACAAAGGAGCCAUUGAUGAAUGAGGAAACUAUUGAUCACAUUGAGACUAUAAUUUCACAGAAGGGAAGUGACGCAUGGUGGUACCUGAAGGUAGAGGAAUUACUUCCAGAAAAGUAUCACAAUGAGGCAUCAAACUAUGAAAAAGGAACGGAUACAAUGGAUGUUUGGUUCGACUCAGGUUCUUCGUGGGCUGCCGUUCUGGGGAAAAGAAGUGGGCUUAGUUAUCCUGCAGAUUUGUAUCUAGAGGGUACUGAUCAGCAUCGCGGUUGGUUCCAGAGUUCAUUGCUUACAAGUAUUGCUACAAACGGAAAGGCUCCUUACCACGGUGUCAUAACCCAUGGAUUUGUACUUGACGAGAAGGGCUUCAAGAUGAGCAAAUCUUUGGGAAACGUCGUUGAUCCAAGAACUAUUAUCGAAGGAGGAAAAGAUAAGAAGGAUGCCUUUGGCGCAGAUGUACUUCGGCUCUGGGUUUCCAGCGUAGAUUACACAGGUGAUGUGAUGAUCGGGCAGACAGUCCUCCGUCAAAUGUCAGACGUGUACCGGAAAUUGAGAGGAACCUUGAGGUUUCUUCUGGGAAACCUGCACGAUUGGAAGGCUGAGUAUGCUGUUCCAUACGAUGAGCUGCCAAUGAUCGAUCAACAUGCCUUAUUUCAACUCGAAACUGUGGUGAAGAACAUCAAAGAAAGCUACGAUGAUUACCAGUUCUUCAAAAUUUUUCAGACAAUUCAGCGGUUUGUCGUUGUUGAUCUCUCAAACUUCUACCUGGACGUAGCCAAAGAUCGACUCUAUGUGGGGGGAACCACAAGUUCGACAAGGAGAAGUUGCCAAACAGUCCUCGCAACUCAACUACUCUCCAUUGUUAGGAUCAUUGCUCCGAUUUUGCCACAUCUAGCAGAAGAUGUGUGGCAAAAUCUUCCGUUUCCAUUCAUCGACGAAAACGGAGAUGCAGCAAAAUUUGUCUUCGAGUCGGGAUGGCCCAAAUCGAACGAAAGACAUCUAGCGUUCCCGGAGAAAGAGGUCGAUUUUUGGGCGAUGAUUCUUGAGCUGAGAACCGAGGUGAACAAAGUUCUCGAGGCUGCGCGUGCCGCAAAAUUGAUUGGUUCCAGCUUAGAGGCGAAAGUGUACCUCCACACAUCCGAUGCCGAUCUUCUCUCAAGGCUAACCAAUAUGUGCGCGUCUGAAAGUGAAGCCGACGCAUUGCAUCGAAUCUUCAUUACAUCUCAGGUGGAGAUUCUACCAUUCUUGGAAGACAACGCAAGCGUGAGCGAAAACAACGUACCUUUGACCGGGGAGUAUCUUACUCCGAGCAAGAACAAGAUUUGGAUCGGUGUAUCACGUGCAGACGGGCUGAAAUGCGAACGAUGCUGGAAUUUCUCACUUCAGGUUGGUAGUUACGACGACCAUCCGACGCUCUGUGGCCGUUGUCACAGCAUUGUAAGCCACCCGAUUCCGGCGCUUGCCGCGGCAAGUUGAUCGGGACACAAACAUAGGUAUGAUUUUCUCUCAACUUCGUCAAUCUUUUUAUGUUUUUUGGUGUCAUAUUUAUUCAAUUAUAUGUUCAUUUAUACAUGAAUAAGACAAUCUUUUCCCUUUACUGUUAAGUGCUGACAAUUGUAUAAACCCUAACAAGAUAAUACACUCUUUCUAUCUGAAAUUUAUAUACUAUUUCCAUUCUGGUGUCUCAUUUA